AUGGCUGGUGGAGGUGACGUCAGCAAUGGCAGCAGUCCGAUCAAUCACAGCCGUCCGAAGGACGGCUACGCUGCGGGUCCGCCCUGGAUUUUCAAGGGCAGGGCUAUGUACCAGCUGAACCUGGUCAAGGCUGACGUGGCACGCCGCGUCGUUCCGCCGGAGCUCAAGCUCGUCGAAGCCUUCGGAUCGGGGAUUGCAAGUGCUUGCACUGCUAGAGUGUGCGUAGACUUCCCCUCGCCUCACUCCCCACGCCUCGCUCCCCUCGCCUCGCUCCCCUCGCCUCGCUCCCCUUUCCUCGCUCCCCACGCCUCAUUGUUCCCCGUCUCACUACUUCUUGCCUCACUUCCCCCGCCACACCCCCCCCGCUCAGUCCUCCACCCCACCUCUUCCCCCCCUUCCUUUAUUUCUUCACCCUUCCUCCCCCCCCCUCGUCCGCCUCCCCUCCUCUCCAUUACUGCACAGCCCGCUCCUUUCUCCCUUCCUCUCCCCAACCGGUCCUCUUUCCCCCACAACCCCUUUUCGCCGGCCCAGCCCAUUGUUUUCUUCUCCUCUCUGAUCGCCUUACCUCCACCCGGCCCUCCCCCCCCGUUUCAUCCCUCCCCUCCCCUCUCCGCCCGUCCCUCUCCCAUCUCCACCCGUCCCUUUUCCCCUUCCACCCGUCCCUCUCCCCACUCCGCCCGUCCCACUCCCCUCUCCGCCCGUCCCACUCUCCCCUCCGCCCGUCCCACUCCCCCCUCCGCCCCUCCACCUCCCCCUUCCGCGCGCCCCCAUCCUCCCCUCAGCUCGUCGUCAUACCCGGCAUUGUGGGCGGCAGCAGUGAUGGUGGACAGUGCCUCAGCCCGGGACCAUGGUAUCAAGGAAGUUGGGUUGCCAAGCCGCUUCGUCUCAUUCAACAAGGUUGGGUUGGUGUGUUGUGCAUGGGUGGUGUGGUGUGGUGUGGAUGGGUGGUGUGGUGUGGUGUGGAUGGGUGGUGUGGUGUGGAUGGGUGGGGUGGGGUGGGGUGGUGUGGAUGGGUGGGGUGGUGUGGAUGGGUGGGGUGGGGUGGUGUGGUGUGGUGUGGAUGGGUGGGGUGGUGUGGUGUGGAUGGGUGGGGUGGUGUGGUGUGGAUGGGUGGGGUGGGGUGGUGUGGAUGGGUGGGGUGGGGUGGUGUGGAUGGGUGGGGUGGGGUGGUGUGGAUGGGUGGGGUGGGGUGGUGUGGAUGGGUGGGGUGGGGUGGUGUGGAUGGGUGGGGUGGGGUGGUGUGGAUGGGUGGGGUGGGGUGGUGUGGAUGGGUGGGGUGGGGUGGUGUGGAUGGGUGGGGUGGGGUGGUGUGGAUGGGUGGGGUGGGGUGGUGUGGAUGGGUGGGGUGGAGUGGUGUGGAUGGGUGGGGUGGGGUGGUGUGGAUGGGUGGGGUGGGGUGGUGUGGAUGGGUGGGGUGGGGGGGUGUGGAUGGGUGGGGUGGGGGGGUGUGGAUGGGUGGGGUGGGGGGGUGUGGAUGGGUGGGGUGGGGUGGUGUGGAUGGGUGGGGUGGGGUGGUGUGGAUGGGUGGGGUGGGGUAGUGUGGAUGGGUGGGGUGGGGUGGUGUGGAUGGGUGGGGUGGGGUGGUGUGGAUGGGUGGGGUGGGGUGGUGUGGAUGGGUGGGGUGGGGUGGUGUGGAUGGGUGGGGUGGGGUGGUGUGGAUGGGUGGGGUGGGGUGGUGUGGAUGGGUGGGGUGGGGUGGUGUGGAUGGGUGGGGUGGGGUGGUGUGGAUGGGUGGGGUGGGGUGGUGUGGAUGGGUGGGGUGGGGUGGUGUGGAUGGGUGGGGUGGGGUGGUGUGGAUGGGUGGGUUGGGGUGGUGUGGAUGGGUGGGGUGGGGGUGUGUGGAUGGGUGGGGUGGGGGGGUGUGGAUGGGUGGGGUGGGGGGGUGUGGAUGGGUGGGGUGGGGGGGUGUGGAUGGGUGGGGUGGGGUGGUGUGGAUGGGUGGGGUGGGGUGGUGUGGAUGGGUGGGGUGGGGUGGUGUGGAUGGGUGGGGUGGGGUGGUGUGGAUGGGUGGGGUGGGGUGGUGUGGAUGGGUGGGGUGGGGUGGUGUGGAUGGGUGGGGUGGGGUGGUGUGGAUGGGUGAGGUGGGGUGGUGUGGAUGGGUGGGGUGGGGUGGUGUGGAUGGGUGGGGUGGGGUGGUGUGGAUGGGUGGGGUGGGGUGGUGUGGAUGGGUGGGGUGGGGUGGUGUGGAUGGGUGGGGUGGGGUGGUGUGGAUGGGUGGGGUGGGGUGGUGUGGAUGGGUGGGGUGGGGUGGUGUGGAUGGGUGGGGUGGGGUGGUGUGGAUGGGUGGGGUGGGGUGGUGUGGAUGGGUGGGGUGGGGUGGUGUGGAUGGGUGGGGUGGGGUGGUGUGGAUGGGUGGGGUGGGGUGGUGUGGAUGGGUGGGGUGGGGUGGUGUGGAUGGGUGGGGUGGGGUGGUGUGGAUGGGUGGGGUGGGGUGGUGUGGAUGGGUGGGGUGGGGUGGUGUGGAUGGGUGGGGUGGGGUGGUGUGGAUGGGUGGGGUGGGGUGGUGUGGAUGGGUGGGGUGGGGUGGUGUGGAUGGGUGGGGUGGGGUGGUGUGGAUGGGUGGGGUGGGGUGGUGUGGAUGGGUGGGGUGGGGUGGUGUGGAUGGGUGGGGUGGGGUGGUGUGGAUGGGUGGGGUGGGGUGGUGUGGAUGGGUGGUGUGGUGUGGUGUGGAUGGGUGGUGUGAAGCUGCUGCCAUCGCCUCAGUCUGCCGCACACACCGCUCCUCUCAACUCCAUUCCCUCCUCUCCCUCCACCCCUCCAUUGAACGAUCCAAGCGCCUCAGCCUCAGCCUCCCCCUCCUCCUCCUCCCCCUCGUCCUCCUCUUCCUCAUCUUCCUCCUCUUCUCAUGCACCUGCCAAGGCUCCUCUACAGCUGCUGUCCAGAUUCGUCAACCCCUGGGGAAAGGGGCGGACACAGGGGCUGGGAGGAAGCAGAGAGGGGGGGUUCCUGCAGGUGACUGUGUGUGAUGGGGGGAGGGGAGGAAGGGGAGGAGGGAGAGGAGGGAGGGAGAAGGAGGGGAAGGGGGAGGAAGUGGGGAGUGUGAGAGACGGAGCACCCAUGUUUGAGCUGCACAUGAAGGUGCCAUCCCCUAAAGAGCUAGCAGCUGUCUCCCGCCUGCCCCCAAUAAAAAUGUCACUGCCUAGCUUCAGUGGCCGCACGGAGGCUCAGCCUGCUCUGCUCAAAUACUCAUGCGACCUCUCCUGCCGUGUAAGCCUCAUGCCGCCUGCCACCACCCGCAUCAGCCCAGCCUACAGCCACACCUCGCCCGCCGGUGCUUCUGACUCUUUUACUGACUCUGUGACUUCUUCCAAGGAGCAGAAUGCUAGCAGGAAGAGCCAGGAUGUGGUGCUUGAGGUUCUCUCUGGUCGGCCGCUGAUUGCGAUGUGCUUCGAGGGGAUGGAGAUGAGAGUGGAGGCACCGACGCGGGUGGUGUUGCCUGCAACGACGGUUCCGAGGGAAGUCAAGGCUUGUGAUGUCGUUGUCACCACAACCAGCUUGCAGUUCGAGGUUAAGAAUAGUAUUGAAUCGCCUUUCGUGGCUGAUUACAAGACUGCUUGA